AUGAUAUGUUGAAAGAAACAGUUACUAACUGGUCAAGCGACAGCGUUACUUGACGACGGGAUACAAAAACUGAUGCCACGACUUGACAGAUGUUAAAUAUUUAUGUUGACUAUGUUGAAAGGUGAAAAAUGUUCAUAUUUCAAAUUGUGAUAUAAUUUACUUUCAUAAAUAAAGCUUCUCUGGCUAUAUUUCUGAAUGGCUCUUACUUAAAAAAAGACCCUAGUAUGUGAAAUCCUUUCCUGUUAAGUGGUAGUAUGAAGUAUUGAAGUAUUGUUCCAAUUUAGAGCCGAAUUAGAGCAUACAGCGAGAUCUGGCGUAUCCAAGUCUAAAAUAAGAUUUUUAGAACUAUUAUAAUUUUGAAAGAACGUGACCCUGAAGUAUAUGAGACUAUGAGAGUAAUGAAGUCAUAAAAAGAGCAUGCCUCAGUCAACAAAUUACGGUGAAUUAUGGUAUAAUUUUUGUUGUCUAUUCUACAGGUAUAAGCUCUACCAUUUGUUAUAAAUACGAAAUUUGCUAUGUAAAACAGGUAAUUCAUCAGUUGCGC